GAGGAACGGAAGAGGAGAGGAUUCCUCAACCCAGUAGCCACCGGCCGAUGGCGACGACGGCCACGGGGUACGGCUGCUCGGCGGCGCUGUCGUUCCCGGGGAGUGGGAGCCCCUUCGCCGAUCGCUCACCCCUGUCCCGCGCUUACCUCACCUCCUCCAAUCCCAAGCUCAGGACUCCCGCUCCUAGCCUGCGGGUUUCAUAUCUUCGUAGGCGACUGUAUGUCUGUGCGUGCUCCGGCGACGUUGAUCAUUACGCCUCGGCGGCAUCACCAGCGGAAGCUAGUUUUGAUAUAAAGCUGCCUAGAAGAAGCUUGCUUGUUCAGUUUACAUGUAAUAAAUGUGAUGCAAGGACAAAACGUUUGAUAAACAGGGUGGCCUAUGAAAGAGGAACAGUUUUUCUUCAGUGCGCAGGGUGCCAGGUGUAUCACAAGUUUGUUGACAAUCUUGGUCUAAUUGUCGAGUAUGACCUACGAGAAGAAAAUGGGGUGAACACUUGUACUGAAGACUGAUUUGGAAUGUGUUAUUAGAAGCCAGACAUGCUAAGUUUCCUCUAAAAACAUUAGGUUUGAGUCUUGACAGAUUAUUUGAACCUUGUAGACUGCUUAUAUUGAACAGUAUUUCUGCAUUGAAAUAGCUACCAAUACUCAUUUCAUAACUGGGUUUAUAUGCACUCAAAUAGUAUAACUGUGCACAAUACCAGAUUAUCUUAUUGUUACCAAAAUUGAUCUCUUAUUAUAGCAAAAUGAUACAUUGUUGCUCGAA